UUGCGUUGUCUGACACCAGCCGACACCUGGAGCAGCGGCGGUGACACAUCAUGUGUCAGGCGGAAUCCGAGCGGUUGAAGGAUGCCCCUGGGAGACCCCGAUAGGCAACGAAGGCCUCAAACUUUUGUAGGCGUGAAAAGCGACGACGUUAGAAUUGGUUCCGGAAACUCCUUCAAAGAAACUUGGUUCCAGCUUCCAAACGGCUGAAAAAAAAUAUAUCUUCUGCACUGGUACCUGGAAGGUGAGGGCAGCAGGGCGGAAACGUCCCCUGCGAUUCCCAGUUGGGAGUUGGUGGCCAUGACCUGCUAGUAAUGGAAAGUCAUGAGAGAGACUUGGCUGUUGUCUGUUUUUACGUGGUGGCCUGAAGUCGCAGAGGAUGACCUAGCACUUGAGAAUCAAACUGGGCCGAGGUAAAGGCCAAGUUGACUUGAAAGAGCCCUAGUGGUGGGACCAGGUCAGAAGUGAAGCAGAUCCCAAACUGAGUGUAUCUGGUCAAAGAUAUAUUCUUUUUAUGAGACUUUGUGUUACUGGAGCCAGGCCUGGAUCUUUUAGUAUCCAACUGAGCUGGAAGCAGCUCAUAGUUUUCUUUUGUUUUGUUUUUUAUUCAUGUUUGUACAAUCUUCUGGAUAUUAUUUUUCAAGAAGGAGUAAAAGGGAGUGUUGGAAACUAACAAACAGGAUUAAAGCCCUGAGCGCUUAAGGAAAACAGGUUAAGGAACUUAAUCCAGGAUGGAUAUGCAGGAGCCGCAGCAGCUGGGUAUGUUUGCAGAGAGCGAGCUCAUGUCUGUGGGGAUGGACACGUUUAUCCAUCGCAUCGACUCCACGGAGGUCAUCUAUCAGCCCCGGCGGAAAAGGGCCAAGCUCAUUGGCAAGUACCUCAUGGGAGACUUACUCGGAGAAGGGUCUUAUGGCAAAGUCAAGGAGAUGCUGGACUCUGAAACCCUCUGUAGGAGAGCUGUCAAAAUACUGAAGAAGAAGAAGCUACGCAGGAUCCCCAACGGGGAGGCAAAUGUGAAAAAGGAAAUUCAGCUCCUGCGACGAUUACGGCACAAAAAUGUCAUCCAGUUGGUAGAUGUAUUAUAUAAUGAAGAAAAGCAGAAAAUGUAUAUGGUGAUGGAGUACUGCGUGUGUGGCAUGCAGGAAAUGCUGGACAGUGUCCCAGAAAAGAGGUUUCCAGUUUUUCAGGCUCACGGGUACUUUUGUCAGCUUAUAGAUGGCUUAGAAUAUUUGCACAGCCAAGGGAUUGUCCACAAGGAUAUAAAACCGGGGAACCUCCUGCUAACAACCAAUGGGACACUAAAAAUAUCCGAUUUAGGCGUAGCAGAGGCCUUGCAUCCGUUUGCAGAGGACGACACGUGCAGAACGAGCCAAGGGUCGCCAGCAUUCCAGCCACCAGAAAUUGCCAAUGGCCUUGAUACCUUUUCAGGCUUUAAAGUAGACAUCUGGUCGGCGGGGGUCACGCUAUACAACAUUACAACGGGUCUUUACCCCUUUGAAGGGGAUAAUAUCUACAAGUUAUUUGAAAACAUCGGGAAAGGUGACUACACAAUUCCAGAGGAUUGUGGUCCUCCACUCUCAGACUUGCUGAGAGGGAUGCUUGAAUACGACCCAGCCAAGAGAUUCUCAAUACAGCAGAUAAGGCAGCACAAUUGGUUUCGGAAGAAACACGCUCAGGCAGAGGCUCUGGUCCCCAUUCCUCCCAGCCCGGAGACGAAGGACAGGUGGAGGAGUAUGACGGCAGUGCCUUAUCUGGAAGAUCUGCAUGGCUACAACGAGGAAGAAGAUGAUGACUUGUAUGACAUUGAAGAUGAUAUCUACACUCAGGACUUGACAGUACCAGCAUCUUUUAACUUGAGCUUCAACACGUGGUUUAAACCCCUCGGAGAGCGGGGAGCCCGGCGGGGCGGAUCCGCGCUCGGCAGCGCGGUGACGCCCGGCGCCUUCGU